GAUGACAUAAAACGAUGCAGAGAGAGGAGGAGAAGAGAGAGAGAACCGGGCUGCAUGCGCUCAGACCUAUUCAUGUCAUAUACCUGGUGGAAUAUUUUCGGAAUUUUUUCCUUCCUGGGGUUUUCUUUUUUUUUUCUUUUUUUUCUUCUUUUUUUUAAUGAGCAGUAGAGCCGUGACUGGCAUCAUUGAAAUCUCAAGACACACUCAUACAUACAAACACACACAAGCACACACUCACAUAUGGAUACGCACACACGUAAAGGGAGAUGUGUUCUUUUAUAUUAACAUUUGAACUCCAGGGUAAAAAAUAACGGGAGAACACCGGUUACGCGUUCAUACACCCACGCAAGCGCGGAGCGGACUUGGAACGACAGGAUUUGACUAAUUUCCCUCGCUAUUGCGCUGCAAAGUUGCCAAGAAAAUCUGGGGACUUGAAUCGUGACAGCAUGGCUGGAUUCGGUGCGUUAUUUGGCGCAUUCGGCGUCCGUCGCCCUCCCAGGAUAUUGUGCUGCUGGAAGCUGUUCUUUCUGCUCAGCAUCUUCUUUCACAACUACCUGAGCUCCUUGCUGGACUGUCCGCCCACCUGCACCUGUUCGCCCACGGAGAUCUACUGCAAUAAGUCCGACAACAGCAAAUUCUUCCCGCUGCUGUCCUUCCAGGGCACCGGGAGCACCGGGAAUAGUACCGGGAGCAUCGAGGACCUUUUCCAGAACAUCACCUCUAUACACAUCGAGAACUGGACUGGUCUGCAGACCUUGAGGGACGUGGAUAUGGAGCUCUACACCGGCUUACAGAGGCUAACUAUUACAAGGAGCAACCUGCAUACGAUCCAAGCUCGUGUUUUCUCCAAGAACCCCCACCUGCGCUACAUAAACCUGUCCAAGAACCCUAAGCUGACCACACUGUCCUGGCAGAUCUUUGAAUAUCUGCAGCUCUUCGAACUUCAUUUAGAGGAGGUGUUGUUUGCCUGUGGCUGUGAGAUCCGCUGGCUGCAGCUAUGGCAACAGAGAGGAGAGGCGGGGAUAAGCAGCCAACAGUUAUACUGUUCUGAUGGCGACAGGAAUAUACUGCUGCACGAUAUGAACAUUAGCAGUUGUGACCUGCCAGACAUCAGUGUCAGCCACAGUAACCUCACAGUAAUCGAGGGUGAUCGAGUAACAGCGAUUUGUAAUGGGUCUGGAUCCCCGUUACCUGAGGUGGACUGGCCUGUCAACGGCUUACACUCCAUCAACGCACAAGAGGCCAGAGUCUACGACAACAACACCAUCCAUUCCAUCAACAUAACUUUGGUCAAUGUGAGCAGAGAAGACAACAACUUCCUGCUAACCUGCACCGCCACCAACAUAGUGGGCAUGACCAACGCUUCAGUCCAGCUCACUGUUCACUUUCCUCCCUCCAUCGUGAAGCUGAAGGAGCCAGAACGCCGCCAUGACACAUGCAUAGAGUUCACUGUUCGAGGGUCGCCCCACCCAACAUUACGAUGGUUCUACCAAAAUAAGGAAAUUACCCACACUGAGUAUGUGCGCCCUGAUAUGGAUAUUUAUCAGGACUACAUAGAGGGCUGCCUAACCUUUAAGAAUCCAACACACCACAACAACGGCAACUAUACUUUGGAGGCCUCCAACUACCUGGGUGUAGCUACCAAUACCGUGUAUGGACACUUCCUCGACAAACCCUUCGAUGACCCAGAAACAGAUUAUGAUUAUGUAACCCCGACUGCACAGACUCCCAAACCUGAGGAAGAAACUUUUGGGGUCUCUAUAGCAGUAGGCCUGGCAGGGUUUGCCUGUGUGAUGCUGUUGGUUCUCUUUCUUCUCAUCAACAAGUAUGGACCACGCUCUAAGUUUGGCAUGAAGGGACCAGUAGCAGUGAUAAGUGGUGAGGAAGACUCUGCCAGCCCCCUUCAUCAUGUGAACCAUGGGAUUAUCAGCCCCUGUACGCUGGAUGCCGGGCCAGAUGCUGUGGUGAUUGGAAUGACCAGGAUCCCCGUCAUAGAGAACCCACAGUACUUCAGACAUGGACACAACUGUAACAAACCCACCACCUAUGUUCAGCAUAUUAAACGGAGGGACAUUAUUUUGAAGAGGGAGCUCGGAGAGGGAGCCUUCGGCAAGGUCUUCCUGGCUGAAUGUUACAACCUGAGCCCCACCAAGGACAAGAUGCUGGUAGCUGUAAAGACUCUGAAGGAUCCCACUCUUGCAGCCAGGAAGGAUUUCCAGCGUGAGGCAGAGUUGCUGACCAACCUCCAGCACGAGCACAUAGUUAAGUUCUAUGGAGUGUGUGUGGACGGAGACCCUCUCAUCAUGGUCUUUGAGUACAUGAAGCAUGGAGAUCUCAAUAAGUUUCUCAGAGCCCACGGGCCAGAUGCCAUGAUCCUGGUGGAUGGACAGCCUCUACAGACCAAUGGGGAGCUGGGACUGUCCCAGAUGCUUCACAUAGCCAGUCAGAUUGCAGCUGGGAUGAUCUACUUGGCGUCUCAACACUUUGUGCACCGUGAUCUGGCAACCAGGAACUGCCUAGUGGGGAAUGGCCUGCUGGUGAAAAUAGGAGACUUUGGCAUGUCCAGAGACAUUUACAGCACAGAUUAUUACAGGGUGGGAGGUCAUACGAUGCUGCCUAUCCGCUGGAUGCCCCCAGAGAGCAUCAUGUACAGGAAGUUCACCACAGAGAGUGACGUGUGGAGUUUUGGAGUCAUCCUAUGGGAGAUUUUUACUUACGGCAAACAGCCAUGGUUCCAGCUCGCCAAUAAUGAGGUGAUAGAGUGCAUUACUCAAGGCAGGGUACUGGAGCGCCCCAGGCUCUGUCCCAAAGAAGUCUACGAUAUUAUGCUGGGCUGUUGGCAGAGGGAGCCACAACAGCGCCUCAACAUUAAGGACAUCCAGAAGAUGCUGUUUACUCUGAUGAAAGCCACACCAGUCUAUCUGGAUAUACUUGGAUAGAAAUGGAUACGAGAGGAAAGGAAUGGAAUGUAUUUUAGGUUGGACCAGAUCAUUACUGGACUAGAAAUUAGUUCACUGGAUCAAAAGGAAAUGGAUUGCCUUGGAGUGGAAGUCUAGCCUGGACUCACAGCACAGUCCAGUGAAACCAUGAAACCAUGUGAAGAGGGAUUAGGGAUGGACUGUACCUUGCUUCCAACUGCCUGACAUGUAAGGACCGGAUGAACGGUCUAAAGUGAAGUGUUUAACUGGAUCGGAAUGAACGGGAUUACAUUGGAUUGUAUCACAUUAUAAUUGAAGGAAAUGUCUUGGAUCUUACUUAAAUGGUUGGGUCCAGGCUUGUGUGGUCCAGUCUUGCUCCUUUUUGAAUUAACUCAUGGCUAAAAAUACUUGACUAUGAAGUAUGGAUUCGAUCAAACUGGACUGAACUGGAUUGACCUGAUUGUACUGGUCUGGUAUGGUUUCUUAUCCUAAUAAUUUAGGUACCAUCAUUUCCUCAUUUCACCUUGUCUAAAUUAGUGCAGCUUUGGUUCUACCCAAGUCUUGAUAAAGCCUGAUCUAGUCUAGUAGAGCCUGGCCUAGUUUGACAAAAUUUCAAAUAUUUCAUUUUAGAUGUGGUUUAGCUCGAUUUAGCUUAAUUUCAUGAAUCCUAAAUUAGAAUGAUCUUACUUGCUAGCCCUGAUUUGAGUUGUAUUUCUGUCUGCUCAUCACACAGUAAAUCGCCCUUUCACUAAAACAGUUGGAUUAUUUGCCUAGAAUUUUACACAUCUUGAGUUGCCAUUAUUACUUGACCAGAUUGGACUGUCCCUUAUAUAUAACUUGAGAGUGUUCAUGGCAAACAUUUUGGAACAUCUUUAUAAUAUCAUCAUGAUGACUCCCUACAGUUUUGAAGUACUAAAUGUGUGUUAAUUAAAUCUAUUUCUAUUUAAUUACCUACAUUUCAGGAGUGAAACAGUUGUCUGCUUCUGAUGGAAUUUUUCAUCCCAAAGUGGUGAUCAUAAUCUUUGACUUGUGGUUCGUAUUAAAAACCAUCGUGGAACCUUUUCUAGCACGACUACUCCUGAAACAAGCAACAUUCUUGUGGCUCCGACAAGAAUUGCCAUGAUACAAACGUCAAAGAAAGAGGCCACAAUGCUGACAAAGUAAACCACCAGAUUCUAGAGAGCUAUCAAAAAAUAAGAGACCGGGUAGUUCAGGUAUAAUGUUAAGGGAAUGCACUGUUCACAUAACCAUCUGUGUGACAGAUUGCAUUCUUUGAAACUGUUCAUCAAACAUUAAGGAAGUUGGUCAACAAGAAAGGACAGUCUGCAUAAAACAAAUAUGUCUUGAAAGCAGUCAUUGUGUUCUGAAGUGCUAGUCCAAUGUCAGCCCACUUUUAUAGUUUUCAUCUGCAAAACCUUCAUAGAUACACCUUCUAGUCCUGGCCUCAUGUUAGCCCCCUGAGCUCUUUACGUCUGCAAGAACCUGACCAGACCUUCCAAUCCUGAGCCUGGAAUUAUGGCCUAAGUGACUGUCUGUCGCCAUAGAGAUGGACCUAAGUGCCUCCUACUUCUUUGUAAACACUCGGAACUCAAAAAAUAGUCUUUCAAAAUAAGAGCACUUUUACAUUUUGUUUACAUGCUUAAAAAUGUACACUAGCUACAAACUUUCCUUUCUUACAAACAAACCUACUUUCAGCACUCUGUGUAAAAAACCCUCAAAAAAACUAAUAAAAUUAUGAAAAUUAUACAGAAAAAAUUACCCCUGGAGGAAAAAGCAAAAAUGAAAAAAGUUUUUUUGUAUACUUUGCAGCUUGACAAGAACGUCUUAAAUGUUUUAAGAAAAUACAUAUUCUAUAUAUUUUUUUAUUUUUUUUUUAUUUAAAUCAAAGUGUGGACUCUGCCAUGCACCAAAGCCAUUGGAAUAAUCUGCAACUGGAUAGGAACAGAACUGAUCACCAUUAAAAGACAAUAAUAGGCUGGAAGGUAAACUUUAAGGGUUACUUUAAAAAUAAGCCUUUUUGUGUAGUGUGAUAUAAGUGGAUCCACUAUGACGUCAGAUUCCAGACACAAGAGAACUGAAAGGAUAACGACGGAGCUAACAGUCAAUAAACAAAAUCGUGUUACUUUCAAAAAGAAUGUAUAUACUGUAAAUUUCUACAUCUUGAGAUGUGUUAACUUAUUUCCUUUUCUUGAGUUUGAUUAUUUUUUAGCUUCUUGGUGUGUUGUUAUAUGGUUCAGUAAAAACCAAUAGAUAUUUUGAUAAUAUUUCUUUCCGAUUGUAAUUACAGUUAUUAUUUACUUCCAUCUACUAUCCAUUCAUAGAAUGUCUUUUAAACAUUAUCGACAUUUAAACAAUUUCUACUCAUUGCACUUUUAGUUGGUCAUUUGAUUGUAAUGUAUGAUUCAGGACAGUAGAGGGAAGAUGUACAGUUAGCGGGCCAGUGUUUUAUUAACCUCAGAGUGCAAGUACUAGGAUCAGAAACAUUUUGGGAUUUAUUUGUUUCCAUUUGCCAGCCAGAGACUGAUGAAAAAAUACUGGUAUCAGUUUAAUCCGUUUAGGUCCAUUAAUGGUGUUUGACCUAGCUUAGCAUAAAGAGUGGAAGCUGAAGGAAACUGCUAGCCUAGCUCCCACAAAAAUGGAAAAAGUACACAACAAUUCUCAAUCUAUCUUUUCACCUAGGCAUGGUUUUUAUAAACAAUUUCCCAAAAUGUCAAACUGUGCCAUAAAUAAUACAGUUUGCCACCUGCCUUGCAAUUCAUUCCGAUCAGAUUUGCACUGUUACUCUGAGAAGCCAGAAACUGCUAAUAUAUAUAGUUAGCUUCACUCACUCAACUAAGCAUCCAGAUCUGUCUCCGUAUGUAUUAGAUUUGCUCCUCACUCACUAUCUGAGAAUCAUAAUGUUUUAAAAUACACGGACAAUGCCAUUGGUCCAAUCUCACCAGGAUGACAAUUUAGGGCAUGGGGUCAUUGGCUAGACAUGCUCAACACGUUUGGUGUUCUGCCAAAAGCAAAACAUUGGGUCAGUAAGCAAAGAUUGGGUUUAACAUCGGGUCACUUCAUUUACCCCAUGGCUCAAUUUUUACAACUGAUGUCUUGAAGCAAUCAAAAUUCAUCACUCCAUUAGCUUAAGGCAUGAAAACCCAUGCUAAACUGUAAAUCAGUCAAGUUUACAGCAAAAUGACAAAUCUUUGUUUUUUUUAAUCAUAAAUGAUAGCCAUAAUAGUAUUAUUCAUCUGUCUAAAGGUGAAGACAGGGCUGUCCCUCGGGGUUAAAAGACCGUGAAAAGUUUACCGUGGUCGGAUAGGUGUGAGAUACUACAUGUAAGCCACUGUAACACUCUUCAGUGUAAUGAUGUUAGAUUGUAAUGUAUCUCAUACUGUCUAAGAACUAGUUUCUCAAAAGCACCUUUGUGUUAAAAUAGUUCAACUCAACUCAAAUUUUUACCUGGCAUUGGAGCUGUAAUGAAGAUGUAAAUGCCCAUGAAGCCUGGGGAGAUAGUACGGGUAGAUCUGAUCCCAAUGCUUUUCUAAAUUCAAAACACCUGUGUGAGGCCUUGGGUUUUUACUAAAUUAUAUUUUCAUGUAUAAAUUAAAACUGCAAUGUCAGGAUAAAAUAGGGCCAGAGUUAUCUUAGAGCCAGAGGUGCUUGUGUUAAACCUUGCCCAGAGUGUGAACUUUUCCAGCUUCUUUCUUUCUAAGCCCUUUCAAGAACUAUUGUAUGACACACAGUUUUCUGAUUUAAGUGUAUUCACAUUAAACAGUUAUAUUCCAUAAUUAUUCACAUUUAUGAAGAUGUAGUUUUAGCAGGCACAGGAAACUUGUCUAAAGUUCAGUAGCUCUUCAGUUUUAUGUGCAACUCAAAGCUUCAUGUCUUUAACUCUACAGAAAAAGUCUGUUGCAUAAAAGUGGAAAAAGAUGAGAAUGUAAAAACACACAUCUGGUGGGUCAGUACUUCAUGGCACAUAUGGUACAUUGCAUCUUUCUCUCACUGUAAAGGUUUUUUCCUGACUGUCCUCCAGGAAGACAUGUUUUACCCACUAGUUGCUCAGGUACUUUGCACUGAUGUGUAGCACGUUCCAUGGACAUGGCUUAGAAACAGUCUGUAUUUAUAUACCACUAUUAUUGUGGUACAGAGUCCUAGGGGCCUUGUGUAAUGGUAGUUCAGUGUGUGCUCACACCCCUGGGGUUGGUGAUGUCAGAUGUCAGACAUCUUAGACCUGUCAACCCAAGCAUUGAUUAAGAAAACAAUUUCUUUUGGGGUUUUUUUGGUUCCUGGAGGAUGUUGUGAAAAAGUUACAAAAUUGCAACACCUCUUCCAACCUCGUCCAUGUUGAGCUUCAAAUCUUUCAACUUACUAUCUAUUGAUGGUAAUUUUAGUUGUAAUUAUUUAAUUAUUAAUUAGUAUUCCAUAUUAAUAGAAUAGUGUAUUUCAUGAGACUGACUGAAUCAGUUAAAGCUGCAGUAGGUAAUUUUUUUUAUAAAAAUAACUUUUUGUUGUACAUUCUGAAACUUUAACUAUAUCCUAAAAGUAGUACAUAAGUGAUAAUCUGUGAUCAAAUCUAAUGGCAUUUGCAAAAAAAUUUAUUUAAACAAAGUCCACAGUCAGGCACUGAUGAUAUUAUAGUUAGUUAUAUCAAAAUGUACCUUAAAAAUGAAUUCAUUAUUAAUAUAUCAGACAAAAUGGGACGCAGAAAUUUGCCUUGCAUUAUUCGCUAGAAUUUGACUGUUGGAGUGUUAUUUAUUUCCAAACACUACUGACUAUAUAGACAGACUUUGGGGUAUAAUCCAAGUUUAGAUUUUUUCUGAAUGACUCUUAUCCAUUGCCAUUUAACUGUACAAUCCACCUUGUUGCUAAGUGAUUUAACAAUUAACCCUGUUUUUUGGUAAAGUCUCAACUUUUUAGAACGCAGCAAGCGCACAACAGGUCAUGUAACAAGGAUAUACCAAUCACCUCCAUAAGACAUGCUGAGCAAGGUAGUAACAACAUCGGGUUGAAAGAUCAGUUAAACUGAAGAUGCUUUUUUUCUUUUGUCUACAUAAAUCAAGCAAGGGGUUUAUGCUGCUAGUAAUCCAUGUGUCUUUGUUGUGACUUUUGCUUAGUAACGACUGGCGUGAUAGUAGUGCAUCCUCCCAAGCACCUUGGUUAAAAGGACGAAAGCUGUGUGGAUGGCAUUUUCCAGGUGUUUUCCAACGCAAUAUGUGAAUGGCCCCUUAGAAGUCCUUCCUUGUAGGGAGGCAGAAAGUCAGCGUGUGGAGGGAGGGGUGAUAGAUCAAUGUGCAGCCUACUGACUGUCUUGCAGGGUACCACAUUUGUGUCCAAUCAUCUGUAAUGAAUGUUUUAGGGGAUAACAACAUAUAACAUCAAAGUUACCAUGUGCAGGCAUAAUAAUUGAACUAGCCAUCAGGACUCUGGAGGACUUUAAAUGAGGCAGCCAGGUCUGGAACAACCAUCAAGAACCUGACCCAGUUUUCUGAUUUCUUCUGUUGACAGCAGACCUGACACAGUUUUGGCUGCUCAGAACAGUAUUGUAAAGCACUAUAAGCAUGCCAUGCUAGUACAUGCAAGCUUCCUGGAGGACAAACUCACCGUGCAAAACGCAGAAAACUCUCAAAUAUUAAAACCAGACUUGUUAUGCUGCUAAGUGUGUCCUGUAUGAUCACAGCCUUAAGCUUUCACUGAAGGAGUCUGAGCUCUAUUCUUUAUGUACUUCUAGUGCCAUUUUGGUGAGGGGAAAGGGUUAUUUUUUCUUUGUUCUUCAGCCAUACAUUUUCUAGUCUUUUUUGUUCAGAUUUUUUCCACGCUCAUUGUUCUUUCUAUAAUCCUCUGGACUCUCUUUCCAUGCAAUUUAUUCAACCUUUCUGUCUCAUGUACUGUCUAUUCUCAUUCUCCUUCGCUCUUCUCGUUCCUGCAAGUGUUUUCCUGCAUCAUGUCUCCCAUACGUAUAUAAGCUAAAUAUGUUAAAACCAUCAUUACUCAAUAAUAAGUCAGUGUCUUUCUCUUCUGCUCUCUUUCUCUCUCUCUCUCUGGGUAACGUGUUGUAUAUCUGUCUUCAUACUAUAAUUUAUAACUCUAUGUAUUAGAAUAAUUUGACAAUUUAUAUAAUGUCUUUUUAAAAAGCUGAUAGGUAGGGAACUUUUAAGGUGGCUCUGUGUAUGAUUCUGAUUCAUUAAAAGUUACUUCAUCUUUGAA